AUGCAGGUGAUGGUAUCUUCACUGUACUCGAAAUAUUUUUCAGUAAAUAAAUUCCAUCCAUUACGUGGAAGUUCAAUUGACAUUCAUCCAAAUGCUCGAUGGCAACAGAAUGGUAUUACUGUCGCUGGAGGAAAUGGACAAGGCAAUGGAAUCAAUCAACUCUUAAAUCCAGAUGGUAUAUAUGUUGAUGAUGAUCAAACAGUUUAUGUCGCUGAUCCACCGAAUCACCGUAUUAUGGAAUGGAAAUGGGGUGCAACAAGUGGCCAAGUGGUUGCAGGUGGAAAUGGCGAAGGAAGUGGGACUCAUCAAUUGGAUAGCCCACUUGAUGUGAUUGUCGACAAAGAGACAGAUAGUCUCGUCAUCUGCGAUAGUUUUAAUAAAAGAGUGGUUCGAUGGCCUCGUCGAAAUGGGACAAGUGGAGAAACAAUCAUCUCCAACAGCGAUUGUUGGGGUUUGACAAUGGACGAGAAUGGAUAUCUCUAUGUCGUUGUCUUUGGAGAAGGUGAAGUGAGACGAUAUCAAAGAGGAGAAUCCGAAGGAAUAGUGGUUGCAGGUGGUAAUGGUAAUGGAAAUGGAUAUGAUCUCAAUCAACUCUUUUUUCCACAAUACGUAUUCGUCGAUCGAGAUCAUUCAGUAUAUGUGUCUGAACGGCUCAGUCAUCGUGUGAUAAAAUGGAUGGAAGGUGCAAAACAAGGCAUUGUCGUGGCUGGUGAUCAAGGAGUAGGACUUGGUCUUACACAAUUGUCAUCUCCUCACGGAGUCGUUGUUGAUCAAUUGGGCACUGUCUAUGUGGCUGAUCAAGGAAGUGCAAGUAUCAAACGUUGGCCCAAAGGAGCCACACAGGGAAAUGUCAUUGUUGGUGGAAACGGUGGUGGAGAACAAUCAAACCAACUCAGUUUCCCCAAAGGUUUGUCAUUCGAUCGACAUGGCAAUCUCUAUGUCGUCGAUUUGGGAAAUAAUAGAGUACAAAAAUUCAAUAUCGAAUCCAACAAGUGA